AUGAGUGAUGGCAAAAUCUUGGACUUGAAGCCACUGGAUAAAGACCCAGGUCCCAGGUAAAAGUCCGUCGAUCGAACAACUUUCACGUUUUGAACUCUUCGAUUUAAUAAUUCAAAGAGAAUAUUAAGAGUUAAAUGGCUGUUCUUGCGCUAGCGUUACGUCAACCAACCGCUUUGAACAAUCGGCAAAGGAAUAUUUCGUCUCAAAAUUAUUCGUUGUAGGGUACUCUUUGGAGCAGGAACUUAGCGACGUGUAUAUACACGUACACGCAUGAACCCACCCAUGACAAGGACCCAGUCAGUGGAAAAUCUCCGGGUUAAUAGGAAGCUGGGUUUGAAACAAAAAAAAACGGGGGAGGGGAGGCUAAACUUAGAGGUUACCAUGGAAAAUGUGUACAGAUAUUUAUAUGGCAUACUUUGACAUAGAUUAAAGGGUAACUGACGGCUAACGGGUCAUUUUUUCUGAAUACCGUCUAAAUGCCUCGGCUAACACUUUGAAACAGGUACAAGGUGCUUCGAAUGCCUCUUUGUGCCUUUUUUCGCCGGGAAAAGUGUCCUAAAUGCAGUUUCGUGAGUUACCCGCCAUAAACCCUUCGAUUUUGAUCAUGUGACCUUCACGUCACACGUGUGUACAUUCAGCAAAGUAAAUAUGGCGAAUAGUACUUCGAGUGAAAGCAGUUCCAUUUCGUGGUCUGAUUAUUCGGAUUUUGAGGCUUCGAUGGAAAGCGAACAUACUGGAAGGGUUUAUAAAUAUGCUGGUGAAAUCAGGCCUUGGCAAUUUGAACCGCCAGGACGAACGUAACCUAAAAUAGAGCGCGAGAGUCAGAGGAGGAUCCAUAGCCCAUGCGCCGCGGCCGCCUCAAUCAAGAAAGCGAGAAUGGUGAGUGCAUCUACGAUUAUAAAUAAAUUAUCUGAAAAUCAAUCGCUUAUUAAAUGUAGGAGCGAUCAAGUAAAGAAAACUAGAUGUGCAGACUCUUGAAUACCAUGGGGGCGAAGUGUUUUUAUGCUAUACGCACACACCUUCCGAAGCUAAGGUUUCACUGACUGAAGAUAUAAACAUACACGCUUGUGGAGGUGAAUUGGAUGGAUUAUACACGUUCACAUACGAUUGAAUCGGUUUUUAAGUUUUCCUGUGUUGAAUUUGACAAGGUGUCAGUGUGGAAACUGCCAAUCAAUGUGGAGGGAGUAAGACAACAUCUUUCACCAAGAAGUGGAUGUGGUCAAAAAUAAAAAUUUGGAGGAUGUUACAGUGGACAAUUGCAGGCAGAAGCCAGAUGUAUUGUCCAGCAUCCAGGGUGUGAGGAAACUGGUGAAGGCUGACUCCGUCUGCAUUUGUUUUGUUGCAAAACAUCACUUCACAGCGCUUCCCUGGUUUUCAUUUUCUUUGUUUUAGAUCCUGUUGUUUUCCGUCCUCAUUGUAAAUGUCAACGCGGCUCAGUUUUGGAAUAUAUAUAUAUAUAUAUAUUUUUUUAAGUUCAGGUUGUAAUUUGAGAAACAUUACGUGCUUGUUAUUUCCGUAGCACGAGUUUGUCGCGGACGCGGUUCCUUUUUUUUUUUACCAAAGUACCGCGUUUUAAACGGUGGUUACAAGGUAGUUCCGUGACUUGUGCUUUAAUGUUUUCCUCUCUCAGGCUGUCGGCUUGUUUUAUUUACGAUAAACGUGCGCUAGUAAUAUACUGUUCACUCAGCUGACAUUGGUACAUUUUUGAAACGAGUAACCUUUCGGACAGGAUUGAUUUCAUCAUGUUUCCGGUCGCAAAUGAGAAACAACGCUUGUGUGUGGCGCUCAUAGCAAGGCGAUUCUUGCAACAUCCGUUUACAGCAUGUUUCUGUUAUUAUACACCUCCAUUGGAAGUUAAUUAAACUUAGGCACACGAAUGUGCUACAUAUGCUGCUCAAUGUUGUAAUCAUUCCUGAAACACUCUCAGCUAGAGACGAAAUGCAUCGAAAUAAAUAAACAAAAAGUUACAACAGUAGGAAGUCUUCCUUUGUACUGCUCACUAGUUUCCAUUAAAAAAAAUUAAAAAAGGGUAAAUCUUGCCUAUUUCCGGACUGUGGAAGAAGACUUUUGUUCACGAAACCAGAUGUCGACCUCUCGUAAUACGUGACAAUACUUUGCGUUUAGUCACGCUCACUCCUGAACCGAUGGGCCUGAGGUCACAGUGAUAUACACCGGACAAAAUCUAAAGACAAAUACUUUUCGGCUUGGAAUUAAAAAUUUUUCUUCAAGUAUAGGACUCGAUAAUGGUUAAGAGGAAAAAUCGUAGGAACAUAUAUAUUUUUACAGCUGUUUGGAAUGGCGUGCAAAUUAUCUGUGGCUCUAAAUACGGGACGAAUUUGUUACUUUCAGGUCUUGACAUGACACUUUUCACUGCCUUACACACGUGUGACGUAUCACAUCACGUGACCUGAAUCGAACCGUUUUCAAAAUGGCCGUCGAUUAAGCGUCAAAAAAAAUUUGUAGAAAAUUUGAUUUUAAACAAUAUAUCGUUAAUUUGCUCAUUUUGGAUUCUUUAACCUAAGAGGAAUGUAUUGGGACAAAAAAAAAAAAGGAGAAAAAUUUGGCGUCAGUUACCCUUUAAGUGGAACUGUUGCAUGCAAAGGACUGCAUGCUGAAUUGAUGAACUUCAAGAUUCUGUGCACAGAUCAGUGUCAGUAUUUGAACAACUGUGCUCCUAUUCCUCCCCUAACCUAACCAAUUUCAACUCAUAACAAGUUGGGGUGAUGCUGGUUUAGGCAUCAAAGCAUUGAUCCCUGUCACUUCAGGUCUCAAAUACUUCAAACAGAUUACAAUUUGCUAGUAUUUAUGGUCAUAAUAGGGGGGAGGGGGGUAUUUGUGUAGAAGAUGAUUGCUGAUUUGAUUCCAGGCAAGAAACAUCACAUGAAUGUGAAUUAUUCCUUGUGAUCCAUAACACCAGCCUGGUGAUCCAAAAGGUUUUGGAAGGAAGGCAUCCAAACUUUGAUUGGGAAAACUGAGAGUUUUUCUUUGUUUUGUACGAAUUCAUUUAUUGAGGGACCCAUACCCCCCUCCCCUAAUUCUCUCAAGGUUACAUGCCACAUGUCAUUAGGUCGACUUUUUCAUCAUCUGUUUAAUAUGUGAAUGCUUGUCAAUGCUUUUGGUUUGUGCUAAAAGGCAAUGGUGUGUUUCACACUUAAGUAUGCAACAACUAGUUGUCGGCUAUGGCAUCAAGGAAACAAAAAUCAGCCAGUUGAAUAAUAAGAUGCAAUUCUGUCAUUGCAAAAAUUUUGUGUCAGAUAAGACAUGUUUUAAACCCAAAAAUCUCAUGGGAGGUGGUUCAGGAUUCUUAACACACACCCCUUCCUCUGGAUCUACCUGACUGCCGAACUCAGAGAAUUCAUGUAGCACAAGUUUGAAUUUGUAACUAAGUGGUGUGAUGUGGCGAUAAAUUAUUGGUACGUGAUCCUGCUGAAGGCUGGUGAAUUUGGCUAACAAGUAGGUGAAGGAUAUAAUCUUGUUUGACUCUUCAUUGGUAGUUAUAUUUUGUACUAUGAAAGGAUAUUUGACAUUGGAUGGAUGUGAAUUGACUAUAAAUCAAUAUGUAUAUAAAAAUUAUAUGGUAAAUUAGGUAUGCAUCUUGAUUUGUCCUUAUUUGUGAUCUAUCGGAGGACAGACACAUAAAUAAUGUGACCAGUAACAAUGUUUUGCUUCUUUAUUAUGUAAAAUAAAUAGAUGCCAUGUUGCUGUGUGUCUGUUCAGUCAUAUCUUAGAAGACUUCUAGUGGGAAUAUCAGUAUCACUCUCAGGGCUGUGCCUGACGCGUGCCACUUUUUUGUUCUCUCCAUGUUUUGAUGUCAUCUGUGAUCUAUUAUGUAGUAAACAGAUUCAUGGCAACAUGGAAUUUACAUACAUGUAUAUUUAACUUUUUGUGUUAGUUCAGUUAUGAAAUAUAAACUUAAGUUCUCUAUUAUCAUGCAGCUUCAUUGGCAUUAAGGAUGAUAAACAGUCGACAUAUUCAUAUAACUGGAAUCCUUGCACACCAUUCAGUUCAAGCACUGGUUGCAAAGAUACUUUGGUGAGUCAUUUUCAACCUGAUUUAGAAUUAGAUAAACCAGAAUUUUGCAACUCUAGUUUAAAUUGUGUACUCCUAUGUAGUUAUCUGCCAUUUAGCCAGCUUGGAAAAAUAAGAUAAAGUUAGUGGUUAAUCUGUUCAAUUAAUCUGGCCAGUGGUGGUACAAAUUGACUUGAUACCCUGUAAAAUACAAUCACAAUUUUGUAAUGUUUAACUGGUAACCUUUCAGUAGCCUGCUACUGGCCUGUCGGUUAGGAGUCGCUGACAGUCGGCCAGCAAUCAGUAGAGGGUAACUGUUCUUCACAAUUACCAAUAUAUACAUGGACACACACACCCACACAGCCACACACACUUACAUAUAUAUAUAUAUAUAUAUAUAUAUAUAUAUAUAUAUAUAUAUAUAUAUAUAUAUAUAUAUAUACGUAUGUAUGUAGGUAUGUAUAUAUAUAUAUAUAUAUUGUAUAUUAAGUGUUUUGUAUAAAUAACUGAAUAAUGUCAUUGAUAAACCAGACUGUGAUAUGUUAUAAGUUUAAGUUAGACUCUCCUUGCAUGUCUUAAGCUACAUUAAUCCACUUAUUAACCUGAUUUCAAAAGUUUUUUUAUCUCCUUAGUGAUUCUAUUUCCAUUUUAUCUUUUGCCUUUCUUUAUAUUUUUUAGCUAUGCCAGAAAGUGCCUAACAAAUAUUACGCAGUUGCUACGGCAGUGAGCAGCUUUGAUGAAAACAGUGAUGGUAGCAUUAAUAUAACAUACAAUCCAGUUAUUUCACCACUAGAUUACACCAGGUAACUGAUUGUGACCGAUAAUUUACUUUGAUUUAGAAAUUUGAUAUUAUUUAUAACUCCCAUUACCCAACAAAAUAUUGUGAAACGUGAAUCAAGGAUGAAAGUGAUCCAUACCAUUUACAAAAACCUUCAUGUGGCUUUAGACUAUACAUGCUACAUGAUUUCUUUUAAGAGAUUAAUUUAUUUAUCAUUGUUUUACAUACUGAAAUUUACAUUGUGGAAAGAUACAACUGAAAAGAAAUUUUCAUUCAUUUCAAGAAGUUGAGAGCCAAUCAAAUGGCCUGUAUUGCCUUUUUCACGUGUGAGGGAAACGUUAUGUCUAAUCAUGAUUGAUUUGAAUAUAUUGCCAUUGAAGUCUGUCGGUUUGGUGUUUAAACACGUUUUGGUUUGUAUCAGAAAUCUCACUUGUUCACUAUGCUCUUGUUCGAUUAUUUUAUGAUACUACCUACUUGUGCAUAUUUUUUAAAAAAUAUUUACAAUAUGGGCAGACUUUCUGUGAAACCACUGGAACAAUGUUAAAGGAUGUAAACGUGCCAAACUUUUCCUUGUGUUGCUUCAGCUGAAAAAAUUACAUAUAUUAUCAGUUGAGGGCACAAGUAUUCCCCAGCUGUCAUAGAGAGAGCUGUUGUUAUGAUCAAGUUCAGACUUUUGUCGGGUCUUAAAUGGGAGGAUGAAAUUUCAAUUUCAAAUACUUCAGCAAUAAGCUGAGAUCCAAAGUCACAGUGUAAAUUAGAGCACUCUUCAGGGCGGUGAGGCUCUUUAGUGCAUGGUGUUUAAACAAGAAAAAAAAAAUGAGGGAAAAUGAAGAAAAAAAAAUGAGAGAAAAAUGAGGGAAGAAUGAUGGCAAUUGAUUGUCUUUUUUUUCUUCUUAGAAAAGCAAUCAUUGUGUUGAAGUGUGACCAAUCUCAAGAUAGGGGAAAGUUUAGUCCAUUUCAUGAGGACGACAUGACUACUAGUAAAAAGUCAUUGUAUGUAAGUACAAGGCUUCUUUGGAGUGUAUGUAUGUGCAUCUAUUGCCAAUCGAGAAAGAGAGUCAGUCAAAGGAUUGAAAUCACAUGAUGUUCGUUUUCUGAUAUGGAGCAGGAAGUCGCCAUGACUCUUUCAGUUUGUGGUGCAUUUUUUUUAAUUUUUUUUUUUUUGUUAUGUAAUGUUUAUCGCAGACCUUCCCGUAUUCUCCCCUCCCCUUUGUUUUCAGAUGUCUGUUUGGUUUAACCCUAAACCCCUAAGCGUGAAUAGCAUCUAAUUUCUCCUCGCUAAUCAUCCCUGAAUCAAACAUUCAGGUCACGAGAAUAAAGAAAACGAUCACCAACUAAAGACGCUCUUGAUUGUUGAAUAAAUUCUCCUCUUUGGCACUUUAGGAAAUGUAUAUAGAACAGUAUGGAGAACAUGCAUACUCAUGUUAGGGUGCAAAGGGUUAUUAUUGUACUGAACUGUCCUGGUUUCCUUUCUCCAAAGACAGCAACGUUUAGUACCAAAUAUGCUUGUAUCGAGAGUGGAGGACUAAGUACUGGCAGCAUUCUUCUCAUAGUGUACGUAAGGCGACUCAGCAUCCGCAACUCAACCUUGCAGCUUAGAUCAAAUUAAAUGCAUUUAUGCAAUGAAUAUAGGGGGGUAGUGUUGAAAAGAAAGUGUGGCGCUGCGUCUUUGGGAAAGUGUUACAAGGUACUUUAGUGUUAUCAAUUGAGUUGACGAUUUAAAUUGGCCACCGUAAAGAGUUUGAAGACACCAGAUUAUCCAUUUACACAAUGAACCAAGUACUGUGAUUUUUGUGAUUGAUGGUUGCCUUUUUAACAAAUAGAGAAGCCUUGACUGUGCUCAGUUCUGUUGUAGAGCACUUAGGAAGCGGCUAGAGCACGAAAGAAGUGUAGGGAGAAACACGAGACGAAGUCGAGUGUUUCUACGUACUUCUUGAUUGCAAUAGUUUACAAACUAAAAUAGUGCGGCAUGUCGAAUUUAACAGUUUUGCUUUAAGUUUUUUAGUUUCUAAUACAGAAUCUGAAAGUGAAAUGUUCAGUGAAAUUCGGCCCAAUCGUGGCCCCAAAAAAUACGCAAGUUAUUUCACAUGACAAGUAAAAAACAAACUGUUCAAGGCGAGUGUUUUAUGAAUGAACGACUGCUGAAUUCACUAGGACAUGAAGAUCGCUCGGAAUGAUAGCGCCGUAAAACUCUCAACGCAUCGGAAAGGUUAUCAGAGCAAGGUCUUAUUUUUCCACUCGAAGGGUAGUCGAUUUAGUUUCUGAGGCUUGCUCCACUGCGAUGACCGAAGAUCGUCAUGAUGACUCGGGUAGCCGCAAUAGGCCUCAGCAUGAUCGCAGUCGCUCUGACACCGUCAUGAUUAGUAUGAAUUUUAACAGUUAUGCCAGGUUAUUUUUCAUCAUUCCUGUUUUUUUCUGUUUAUUUUUGAACACGAAACUUUAUAUACCAUACAAGUGUUAGCUGUAUUUGUUUUUUUUUACCGUUCGUAAACUUGCAAUCUAACUGAGCGUGAAAACCUUUAAAACUCGGACUGUCCAUUUUGUUUUAUCUUUGAGGAUUUUUGUUUCUGCUCACGUUACAGUAACGUAAAUUACUGCGCCUGGCAUUUUUGCAAACCUUUGCUCGCCUGUUCCGAAAUUUCACUUUCAAUAUACGAAAGAAAAGCUUGAAAGAAGUCCCGGAGAAGGUCGGACAUAGUACAAUUUAGCAGAUGACGUGACGUGGAUACCAAGUUGCCGUGCUUCUGUUCAGUAAUAGAUCACAGAUGAGAAAAAAGUGGCACACGAGGCGCAGCCGAGUGUGUCACUGAUGUUCUUACCACAUUUUGACGUCCUUUGUGAUCUAUUACUGAACAGACGCACGGCAACUUGAAAUCUAUUUGUUUAAUAUGAUAAAGAAUUAAAAUAUACGGGAAAAUAGUUUUAAUGAUGCCGUCAUCUCUACGUCUGUUCUCCAAUCUCUAUAAGUGAGAACCAAUCAGAAUGCGUGCAUAACUGAGCUUAUUGUAUAAAUUCUCAUAGAGCACGCUCUUUUAACCAAUGACAGCACGCAUUAUAUCCGAACUUUAUUAUAAUAUCUAUUAGAGUUUAUAUACCUAGGAGGCGAGCGUGGCCUAGUGGUCAGGGCGCUGCACUUGUAAGCCGGAGGUCCCGGGUUCAAGUCCUCCUCCCUGCCACUGGAUGGAUUUGUCUUCGGUGGCCCCCGAAUUCAACUCCUGCACGCUCUGUAAAUAGCCAACUGGUCUGCCUCCUACCAGUUGGGGUUUUUAACGAGUUUCUGUUCAUUUUCGAUAUUUGUUUCCUUAUUUACAGUGUCCCCAAUUAGCACAGCAGUGCUAAAAAAUACACUGACACUUAAAUAAAGUUAUUAUUAUUAUUAUUAUUAUUAUUUAUUAUACAUGUAAUACGCUGAAUUAUACACUCAUUAUUUUGAUUGGCUGUUACGUAUGAUAUAUUGGAGGACCGACGCAUUGGUUACGUCACCAUAAACAACGUUUUGAUUUUGGGUACCAUGUUGCUAUGGGUGUUUACAUUUCAUGUAAUAGAUCACUGAAGACGCCAAAAUGUUGCAAGAACAUCAGUAACACACUCGGCUGGACCUCGUGAGCCACAUUUUUGAUCUUACCAUAUUUUGACGUCGGUUUAUUAUUGGACAGACAUACGGCAACACGGAAUCUCUUUUAAACAUCCUUGUCUCCCUGGGGUGGACGGUUUUUUCAAAUGGUAUUGUUAGCAGUUUCGGAAAAAUGUUCCGUGAAUUCUGACCUCUCUGUCCAAAGGGAUCCCGUGUCAAAAUAAUUCAAUGCCAACUUUAAGAAUAUUUAGUUUGGGGGAUUUCUGUAAGUAAUAAUGUUUGCUGUUUCUCUUGUAGGUUCUUUUCAUUGGUACUGAUCUAUUUCAUCGCGGGGUUGUUAUAUAAUAAAAUUCAUAAGGGUGUUAGCAGUUUUCCUGAAAUGAUCCCUAAUCAUUCUUUCUGGGGCGAUUUCCCAUUUUUGGUUAAGGUAAGUCUAGAGCCUAUGGUAAGAUAAGUGAAAUCGUUGAAGUGUUUCCUUUUGUUGUUUUGUUUGUUUAAUGAAAGUGUUAUUUUAAAUGCUAAGAUUUGGUCAAAAUGUUCAGGCGAUUUUAUGUGCGAAGUCUACGGCUCGCACUGAAGCAAAGCGAACGUGCACUGUACCCAUUUUCAGAUGGUGUCUUUUUCCAAAUAUGUGUUUUGAAAUAAAUCAUAUUCUGUAUGUGAGGAUGGCAUUAAAAAGACAAGAUUUAAUUGCAACAAUAUCACUGCGGAAAACUUGGUAAUUUUAGGAAAGUCUGGUAUCGACGAGGAACAAACCAUUCCCUUUCAGUUAUCGUCUAAGUGCUAUUAUCAACUGGGCAUAUAAAAAUCAUGUUGGUAGUGCGGCAAAUCUGUUCCUUCCUCAUAAAAUAAUCUGCCUCAUUUCUCUCUACAUUGAUUUUAAGUGUUGUUGACCCGUGAAGACUGAUUCGUCACUUUUACUUUCCGUUUCCCCUUUUCUGUUACAGGAUGGCUGUGUUUUCACAUUUCAAGGAAUAGCUGGCUGUUGCAAACGUGUGUCUAUGAAGGUCAAAGGGGACUCUUAUGCUGAAAUAUAAGAUUAUAUUUUAAUUUCUUUUUCUUUUACUUUUUUUUAAUUCAGUGAUAACAUUGUGCGAAUUAUUAUGUGACUUACGCGUAGGGUAAUUUACGCUAUAAGUUAAGACUUUUUAUGCGUUGCUUUUGUGGUCAGCCUAGAAGAUUAAGUUAGGGUUUAGGAAAAAAAUGCCUUUAA